GCCGCCCGCCGAGCCCCGGAGCCCGAGCCGAGCGGCGGAGCCGAGACGGCGGCGGCGCCCGUGGGAUGCGGGGAUCGCACCCCCGGGGCCCCUGAGCCUGCGUCCAGUGCCCCGAGCCCCGCGCCGAGCCGAGUCCGCGCCGAGCCGCAGCCGCCCAUCCCGGGGCCCGGGCCGGGGGACCAGCAGCUUCCCACAGGCAGCGUGAGGACAGCCUGUGCCCCAGAAGCAGGAUGAGAAGAUGGCAGACUUCCUGUUACCUCGGGGCACCAGCAGCUUCCGAAGGUUCACCCGGGAGUCCCUGGCAGCCAUCGAGAAGCGCAUGGCAGAGAAGCAAGCCCGGGGCUUGGCCGCCUCACAGGAGAGCCGUGAGGGACUGCCCGAGGAGGAGGCUCCCCGGCCCCAGCUGGACCUGCAGGCCUCCAAAAAGCUGCCCGAUCUCUAUGGCAACCCGCCCCGAGAACUCAUCGGGGAGCCCCUGGAGGACCUGGACCCCUUCUAUAGCACCCAAAAGACCUUCAUCGUGCUGAAUAAAGGCAAGACCAUCUUCCGGUUCAGUGCCACCAAUGCCUUGUAUAUCCUCAGUCCCUUCCACCCCAUCCGGAGAGCGGCCGUGAAGAUUCUGGUCCAUUCGCUCUUCAGCAUGCUCAUCAUGUGCACCAUCCUGACCAACUGCGUGUUCAUGGCCCAGCACGACCCUCCACCCUGGACCAAGUAUGUCGAGUACACCUUCACUGCCAUUUACACCUUUGAGUCUCUGGUCAAGAUUCUGGCUCGAGGCUUCUGCCUGCAUGCAUUCACCUUUCUUCGGGACCCGUGGAACUGGCUGGACUUCAGCGUGAUUGUCAUGGCAUACACCACUGAAUUUGUGGACCUGGGCAAUGUCUCAGCUUUACGCACCUUCCGAGUCCUCCGGGCCCUGAAAACUAUAUCAGUCAUUUCAGGCCUCAAGACCAUUGUGGGGGCCCUGAUCCAGUCUGUGAAGAAGCUGGCCGACGUGAUGGUCCUCACAGUCUUCUGCCUCAGCGUCUUUGCCCUCAUUGGCCUGCAGCUCUUCAUGGGUAACCUGAGGCACAAGUGUGUGCGCAACUUCACGGCACUCAACGACACCAACGGCUCUGUGGAGGCCGAUGGCCUGGUCUGGGAAUCGCUGGACCUCUACCUCAACGACCCAGAAAAUUACCUGCUCAAGAAUGGCACUUCUGACGUGUUACUGUGUGGGAACAGCUCUGAUGCUGGGACGUGUCCCGAGGGCUACCGGUGCCUCAAGGCAGGCGAGAACCCUGACCACGGCUACACCAGCUUCGACUCCUUCGCCUGGGCCUUCCUUGCACUCUUCCGUCUGAUGACGCAGGACUGCUGGGAGCGUCUCUACCAGCAGACCCUGAGGUCCGCAGGGAAGAUCUACAUGAUCUUCUUCAUGCUUGUCAUCUUCCUGGGCUCCUUCUACCUGGUGAACUUGAUCCUGGCUGUGGUUGCCAUGGCCUACGAGGAGCAAAACCAAGCCACCAUCGCUGAGACUGAGGAGAAGGAAAAGCGCUUCCAGGAAGCCAUGGAGAUGCUCAAGAAAGAGCAUGAGGCUCUCACCAUAAGGGGUGUGGACACUGUGUCUCGCAGCUCCUUGGAGAUGUCCCCUUUGGCCCCAGUAACCACCUGUGAGAGAAGGAGCAAGAGGAGAAAACGAAUGUCUUCAGGGACGGAGGAGUGUGGGGAUGACAGGUUCCCCAAGUCCGACUCGGAGGAUGGUCCCAGAGCAAUGAAUCGUCUCAGCAUCUCCCACGGGCUCAGCAGGACCUCCAUGAAGCAACGCUCCAGCCGCGGGAGCAUUUUCACCUUUCGCCGGCGAGACCUGGGCUCCGAAACUGAUUUUGCAGAUGAUGAAAACAGCACAGCAGGGGACAGCGAGAGCCACCGCACAUCGCUGCUGGUGCCCUGGCCCCUGCGCCGGCCUAGUGCCCUGGGACAACCCAGUCCCGGGACCUCAGCUCCCAGCCACGCCCUCAAUGGCAAAAGGAACAGCACCGUGGACUGCAACGGGGUGGUCUCCUUGCUGGGGGCAGGCGACCCUGAGGCCACCUCCCCAGGAAGCCGCCUCCUCCGCCCUAUAAUGCUGGAGCGCCCCCCAGACACGACCACACCGUCGGAGGAGCCAGGCAGGCCCCAGAUGCUGAGCCCCCAGGCUCCGUGUGCGGAUGGCUUCGAGGAGCCAGGAGAGCGGCAACGGGCCCUCAGCGCUGUCAGUGUCCUCACCAGCGUCCUGGAAGAGCUGGAGGAGUCUCACCGCAAGUGUCCACCAUGCUGGACCCGCUUCGCCCAGCGCUACCUGAUCUGGGAGUGCUGCCCCCUGUGGAUGUCCAUCAAGCAGAGAGUGAAGUUCAUGGUCAUGGACCCAUUUGCUGAUCUCACCAUCACCCUGUGCAUCGUGAUUAACACGCUCUUCAUGGCGCUGGAGCACUACAACAUGACAACUGAAUUCGAGGAGAUGCUGCAGGUCGGAAACCUGGUCUUCACAGGGAUCUUCACAGCAGAGAUGACCUUCAAGAUCAUUGCUCUCGACCCCUACUACUAUUUCCAGCAGGGCUGGAACAUCUUCGACAGCAUCAUCGUCAUCCUCAGCCUCAUGGAGCUGGGCCUGUCCCGCAUGGGCAACCUGUCGGUGCUGCGUUCCUUCCGCCUGCUGCGUGUCUUCAAGCUGGCCAAAUCAUGGCCCACCCUGAACACACUCAUCAAGAUCAUCGGGAACUCAGUGGGGGCGCUGGGAAACCUGACACUGGUGCUGGCCAUCAUCGUGUUCAUCUUUGCCGUGGUGGGCAUGCAGCUCUUUGGCAAAAACUACUCGGAGCUCAGGUACCGCAUCAGUGACUCAGGCCUGCUGCCCCGCUGGCACAUGAUGGACUUCUUCCAUGCCUUUCUCAUCAUCUUCCGCAUCCUCUGUGGCGAGUGGAUCGAGACUAUGUGGGACUGCAUGGAGGUGUCUGGGCAGUCGCUGUGCCUGCUGGUCUUCUUACUUGUUAUGGUCAUUGGUAACCUUGUGGUCCUGAACCUCUUCCUGGCUUUGCUGCUCAGCUCCUUCAGUGCAGACAACCUCACAGCCCCUGACGAGGACGGGGAGAUGAACAACCUCCAGCUGGCCUUGGCGCGCAUCCAGCGGGGCCUGCGCUUUGUCAAGCGGACCACCUGGGACUUCUGCUGUGGACUCCUGCAGCAGCGGCCUCAGAAGCCUGCAGCCCUUGCCACCCGUGACCAGCUGCCCAGCUGCAUUGCCACCUCCGGCUCGCCACAGCCUCCAGAGACAGAGAAGGCACCUCCAGCCCGCAAGGAGACACGGUUUGAGGAAGGCAAUCGGCCAGGCCAGGGCACCCCUGGGGAUCCGGAGCCUGUGUGUGUGCCCAUUGCCAUGGCUGAAUCAGACACGGAUGACCAAGAGGAGGAAGAGGAGAAUAGCCUGGGCACAGAGGAAGAGUCCAGCAAGCAGCAGGAAUCCCAUCCUGUGUCUGGCGGCCAAGAGGCCCUCCCGGAGCCCAGGGCCUGGAGCCAGGUGUCAGAGACCACCUCCUCCGAGGCCUAUGAGGCCAGUGCUGCUCCGGCAGAAAGGCGGCAGCAGCGGCAAGCGGAGCCCCCGGCCCCAGGGUGCAGUGAGACCCAAGAGGACAGUUACUCUGAAGGGAGCACAGCAGACAUGACCAACACUGCUGACCUUAUGGAGCAGAUCCCUGACCUCGGUGAGGACGUCAAGGAUCCGGAGGACUGCUUCACCGAAGGCUGUGUCCGACGCUGUCCCUGCUGCACUGUGGACACCACGCAGGGCCCAGGGAAGGUCUGGUGGCAGCUGCGCAAGACCUGCUACCGCAUUGUGGAGCACAGCUGGUUUGAGACAUUCAUCAUCUUCAUGAUCCUGCUCAGCAGUGGAGCACUGGCCUUUGAGGACAUCUACCUGGAGGAGAGGAAGACCAUCAAAGUCCUGCUCGAGUAUGCCGACAAGAUGUUCACUUACGUCUUCGUGCUCGAGAUGCUGCUCAAGUGGGUGGCCUACGGCUUUAAGAAGUACUUCACCAACGCCUGGUGCUGGCUCGAUUUCCUCAUCGUGGAUGUCUCAUUGAUCAGCCUGGUGGCCAACACCCUGGGCUUUGCUGAGAUGGGCCCCAUCAAGUCGCUGCGGACGUUGCGUGCGCUCCGACCCCUGCGAGCCUUGUCCCGCUUUGAGGGCAUGAGGGUUGUGGUCAAUGCCCUGGUGGGCGCCAUCCCGUCCAUCAUGAACGUCCUCCUCGUCUGCCUCAUCUUCUGGCUCAUCUUCAGCAUCAUGGGCGUGAACCUAUUCGCAGGGAAGUUUGGGAGGUGCAUCAACCAGACUGAGGGAGACCUGCCUUUGAACUACACCAUCGUGAACAAUAAGAGCGACUGUGAGUCUUUCAACGUGACUGGCGAAUUGUACUGGACCAAGGUGAAAGUCAACUUUGACAACGUGGGGGCCGGGUACCUGGCCCUUCUGCAGGUGGCAACAUUUAAAGGCUGGAUGGACAUUAUGUAUGCAGCUGUGGACUCCAGGGGGUUUGAAGAGCAGCCCCAGUGGGAAUACAACCUCUACAUGUACAUCUACUUCGUCAUCUUCAUCAUCUUCGGGUCUUUCUUCACCCUGAACCUUUUCAUCGGUGUCAUCAUUGACAACUUCAACCAGCAGAAGAAAAAGAUACGGGGCCAGGACAUCUUCAUGACAGAGGAGCAGAAGAAGUACUACAACGCCAUGAAGAAGCUGGGCUCCAAGAAGCCCCAGAAGCCCAUCCCAAGGCCCCUGAACAAGUACCAGGGCUUCUUAUUUGACAUUGUAACCAAGCAGGCCUUCGAUGUCACCAUCAUGUUUCUCAUCUGCUUGAACAUGGUGACCAUGAUGGUGGAGACAGAUGACCAGAGCCCUGAGAAGGUCAACAUCUUGGCCAAGAUCAACCUGCUCUUUGUAGCCAUCUUCACAGGCGAGUGUAUCAUCAAGAUGACUGCCCUGCGCCACUACUACUUCACCAACAGCUGGAACAUCUUCGACUUCGUGGUUGUCAUCCUCUCCAUCGUGGGCACUGUGCUCUCAGACAUCAUCCAGAAGUACUUCUUCUCCCCAACACUCUUCCGAGUCAUCCGCCUGGCACGAAUUGGCCGCAUCCUCAGGCUGAUCCGAGGGGCCAAGGGGAUCCGCACGCUGCUCUUUGCCCUCAUGAUGUCCCUGCCUGCCCUCUUCAACAUUGGCCUGCUGCUCUUCCUCGUCAUGUUCAUCUACUCCAUCUUUGGCAUGGCCAACUUUGCUUAUGUCAAGUGGGAGGCUGGCAUCGAUGACAUGUUCAACUUCCAGACCUUUGCCAACAGCAUGCUGUGCCUCUUCCAGAUCACCACAUCGGCUGGCUGGGAUGGUCUCCUCAGCCCCAUCCUCAACACGGGACCCCCCUCUUGUGACCCCAAUCUGCCCAACAGCAAUGGCUCCCGGGGGAACUGUGGGAGCCCAGCUGUGGGCAUCCUCUUCUUCACCACCUACAUCAUCAUCUCCUUCCUCAUCGUGGUCAACAUGUACAUUGCCAUCAUCCUGGAGAACUUCAGCGUGGCCACGGAAGAGAGUACCGAGCCCCUGAGUGAGGAUGACUUUGACAUGUUCUAUGAGAUCUGGGAGAAGUUUGACCCAGAGGCCACCCAGUUCAUUGAGUAUUCGGCCCUGUCCGACUUUGCUGAUGCCCUGUCUGAGCCACUCCGUAUCGCCAAGCCCAACCAGAUAAGCCUCAUCAAUAUGGACCUGCCCAUGGUGAGCGGGGACCGUAUCCAUUGCAUGGACAUACUCUUUGCCUUCACCAAGAGGGUUCUGGGUGAGUCUGGGGAGAUGGAUGCUCUGAAGAUCCAGAUGGAGGAGAAGUUUAUGGCGGCCAACCCAUCCAAGAUCUCCUAUGAGCCCAUCACCACCACACUGCGGCGCAAGCAUGAGGAGGUGUCGGCCACAAUCAUCCAGCGGGCUUUCCGGAGGCACCUGCUGCAGCGCUCCAUGAAGCAUGCCUCCUUUCUCUUCCGCCAGCAGGCGGGCAGCAGCGGCCUCUCCGAAGAGGAUGCCCCUGAGCAAGAGGGCCUCAUUGCCUACAUGAUGAAUGAGAACUUCUCCCGACGCCACGGCCCACCCUCCAGCUCCUCCAUCUCCUCCACGUCCUUCCCACCCUCCUAUGACAGUGUGACCAGGGCCACCAGCGAUAACCUCCAGGCGAGGGUGUCUGACUACAGCCGCAGUGAAGAUCUCGCAGACUUCCCCCCGUCCCCAGACAGAGACCGUGAGUCUAUCGUGUGAGCCUCACUCGGGCUGGCCAGGACGCCGAAAGGCAGGCUGUUGCAUCGUGGCAAACCUGAACACUGCCACAAACCAGCUUCCGCUGGGUCUUCCUUGCUCUGGGCUUCGGGAGUGUGAGAUGAGCCUCAGCCCCAUGCAGCGACAAGGCAGAGUUCUGUGGCACCCAUGUUGACAGCCAGAAGCAGUUGGCUGAGCCAACCAUUCAGGGUGGCCUUUCCCUGGAGGCCUCACACACACCAGUGGCCUGGUCUGGUCAGGCAAUGCCCUGGGGCUCUGAAAAGCAACUCCAUCCCAGCUGCUGAGGCAAAAUAUAAAACUGAGACUGUAUAUGUUGUGAAUGGGCUUUCAUAAAUUUAUUAUAUUUGAUAUUUUUUUACUUGAGCAAAGAACUGACGUUUCCAGGACGUCGGCAGCAAUUCAUGCUGCCUCUUCUUAACUCUGAAAAGAGUGUCUGUGGAGCUGCUGGAACUCUGUUCUCAAAGCAAAAGUGAAAUCCAUUGGCUCCCACAGGCCUUCACUGCCCAGGGGCAGAGUGGGGUUCCCCUGCCGCUUGGGCUGAGGUGCCAGGAGAGCUGGACCCCUUCCCUCACACACACACACACGUGUGCACACACUCUCACACACACACAGGCCAGACACAGGCCACAUGUGGCCCAGGCUCCUCUCAGGCGAGUGUCAGGCAGCCACCUCUGCCCAGCCUAAGGGAGACAGGCCUUUCUUCCCGGCCCCCACGGGUGGGGUUCUUGUCAACAGGGGCUCACUCUGGCCUUCCCUUGUCCCCAAAGUCCCGUUUUUCCUCUGUGUUUUAGGCCAUACUUGGGUUGGUUCUACAAAAUUAAAAAGCUUCCAGAAGAGAGUGACCUGGGUCCCAGGGCUGGUCCUAGGCACUGAUGUUGCCUUUUCCUCCCAGGAGAGCUUGACCUUCUGUCAGAGUAUUAACGUUAAACUGAAGGGCAUGAGGGAGCCAGCCCCACUCACGGCCUGGCACCCAGCUGGUCCUCACUCCCAAACCUGGCAGGUCCUGUGCCACAGGCCGGGAAGAGAAGUCCUGUGGGGUUAGGGCUAGGAAGCUCGACAGGUCUCAGCCGCGGUGGCCCCCAGCCUAUCUGAAGAAGGGACCCUGUCGUCAUUGCCAGGGUUCUCUCUCUGGACAUUUCUGCCUCUGACCGUGACAGGAAGGGGAUUCCCAUAUGAUCCCUAGCUCCUCUCCAGAUGCAGCGUCAUGGGCAUGUGGAGGGCAGCUUGGGCCCUGUGCAGGGAAGGGGCCUCGGGACCACCUGGCCCGGUUCCUGUGCCCUGAGAGGCCCCCUUGGGAAAGGGAGUAGUGUGGCCCUGGACCAGCCCCUCCGGCUCAGCCCAGGGUCCUAGUGACACCUUCAUGCAGGACCUCCUGGGGCAGGGUCCAGGCUGUCCCAUGGGUCUUGUGAGAAGGCCUUUUCAGGGAAAAAUACUUUUUCUAGUCCAGUUACCCCCAGGGCCUCUUCAGCUGCUGACAAUCCUAUUUAGCAUAUGCAAAUCUUUUAAUGCAUAGAACUGUCACCCUGAAAGUGGCAGUGCUGGCUGGAGGAGCCUGAGCAGGCAGGGGCUCGGCUGCCCAAUUCCAGCUCUCCAGCAAAGCCGCCCUCUAUCAAGCGUCCACCUCACAGGCCACCUCUCGGGGCAGCCCGGGAAGCUGGAAACUGGCUGCUCCUAACCUACCUCGCCGAGCUGUCAGAGGGCUGGACAUUCGCGAGCUCGUGGCACUGCUAAGGGGGCAUUGCUGGCGAGUAAAGUAUUACGUUUCUUCUUGUCACCCUGAGUUCCCUUGGUGACAACCCCAGCCCCCAACCCACCCACCCCCAGUGAUUUCUCUUCUCCUUGUUCCUUUUGAGUCCAGUGUGGGACGUGGUUUUAACUGUCCCAGCAACACUUCUCUGAGUGGAAAUCUUAUUUUUGUAGGUCUCUGUGCUUUGCUCUCAAGGCUUGGAGAGGUGCCCCCUCCCUGGCACUCAGCGCCUGCUGCACGGGCAGGAAUGCGGCUUGGGAGGUAGGCCGGGCUGCCAGCCCAACUGGCCGGAAGGAGACUGUGGUUUUGUGUAUGUGGAGAGCCCAGGAGCCUCGAGACAGGUGCCCAGGGCUGGCCAGGGGCUGCAGAACAUGUGGCCAAGGGCAGAGAUGAGUUAGAGCCGACUUCUUAGCUUUUAGCGUGGCUCGCUCGCUCUCUCUUUUUUUUUUUUCCCCAGAACUGUACAGUGACCAGCAGAAGGUAGGAAAAAGGAAGGAAGGACAAGCAUCAAGUGCCAGCUGCUGUCUGAACUAAUGGAGCACUUCUCACCAAACUUCGUGUAUAAAUAAGAUACAUAUUUUUAAAACAAACCAAUAAAUGGCUUACAUGAGCUGGCCUGGGCUCUGUUCUUGUGCCGAGAUUUGACAAGGGUGGUGGCAGGCCCAAGGAGCCUGUGAGGAGGCCUCACCCUGAGCAAACCUGGAGAACGACAAUGCGGGGGCAUGGGAUGACAUCCCAAGAACCACACGGGACUUCCAGUUGUCUUCCCAGAACGACAGCCAGGAGUGUGGGCUGAUCCAGGAAAAGUGGGUGUGGGCAGACCACUCUGUCCUCCACAAGAGGAUACCCAGGCCCUGCCUUCCAGGACUCCCAGUCUGGGGCACUGCGGAGGGGAGGACCGCAAUUUGGGGCUCACACGAUGGGAAGGGUUUGGAAAGGUGGAAGCAGGAAGGGGCAACUGCCAUGGAAAACAGCCAGGUGGUGGCACCUGUGUGUCAAGCCAGGCUUGGACCUGUGACCUGACACUGGCUCCCUCACCCUCACCUUCCCUCACCCCUCAGUCCAGUGCACCUCACUGCUGCCCCACCACCCCACCAAAAGUGCUCUGCUGGCCAGCAGGGGCUUCCUUGUGGCUGGACCCAGCAGAGCCUUCUUUGUCCUCGUCUUGCAGGUCCCCUCUAUAGCAUUUAACUCAGUGGACAACAGCGUCUUCUGGAAAUCCUCUCUUCCUCAGGCUUCUGUGGUAUCACCCUCUCCAGGGUUUCCUCCAGUCUCUGGGACCACCACCCUCGGGGGCACAUCCUCCAGUGUCGGACUGAAUGAUCAAGCUCUUUAGGCCCAGGGCCCUCUCCCAGGAAAAAAGUGGGAAACACCCUCUCAUACCCUGCCAUGCUCUAAAGAAGAGUCUUGAGUCUUUAUCUGGAGCCCAGACCCCUGGGCCCCAGGCCAGCACAUAGAGCUGUCUACUUGGGACAUCUCGAAAGCUUUCAAGCCCAACCUGCCCAACACUGAGCUGAUCUGUCAUGCUCUCAAACCUAUUGGUGAAGGUACCCCCACAGAUGCCAUCUUCAACCGCAGGCUUUCCUUCACCCGUGUGCCCAGUCCACGCCCUGUUGAUGCUACCUUCUCAGCAUCUUUCAAGCCCCACCACCUGGUUCCAUCUUGCUGCUGCUUCCUUGGUUGAGGCCAGCAUCUUGCCUCAUGGAAAGCACCAGAGCAGCUCCUCACUGGCUUCCCUUCCUCUAACCUCAUGCAUUCCAAACUACUCAGCUACCUGAGUAUUUUAACCCAUGAUCAUUGCCUCCUGGAUAAAACCUUUCAAUGGCUUCCUGUUGUCUCAGGAUCAAGGCAAACCCCUCCCAGGGCCUCCAGCAUGCCAACUUCUGUAACCACAUCUCUCUAACCCCUCAAAGGUCCCAGGCUCUUCCUCCUCUCAGCCUUGCCAACUGCUGUUCUCGACACCCAGAACACUAUUCUUCUUUCCACUCAGCCUUCAGGCCUUCAUGUCACCUCUUCUGGGAGCCCUCCCUGACCACCGCCCAACCCCCUUCUCCGUCACUUGUCCCCACUCUUGGUACUUCCCUUGUCACAGCACUUAACGCUCCUCAUUGCAAAUACCUGCAAAGCUGGUAUGUGAACAAACAUGACGCCCAGUGUCAUCGAAUCCAACCUUUAUUUUUGUCUCUCCCCGGCCCUCACAGCUUUAUUCAGUGGAGGUAAUCUUCCCUGGCCCUGGAUGAAAACCGGGCUCCUCCUGUGGCUUUUCAGCUCAGUCCUGGGUGAAACAGCAGCCUACAGUCCCUCUAGACUGUAAACGGUCUCGGCCUCGUCCUGAGAGUGUCCAGUCCCAAGAACACGCGGAGAUGGGGUGGCUGAGUGGCUCCUCCUCCCCGCGCCAGGCAGGCGACCAGCAGGGACUCUCAGAUGCUUAUCUGUGGGCUUUUGGAGACUCCCUGCUGGGCCUUCUCCCUGCAGUUUCCUCAGCCCAGGAGAUGAACUUCCUUCCGGGUGGCCCUGUGAUCCCUUCCUUUGCCCAUGGGCACCUAUGGUUCCACCCCUAGUCACUUCCUGCCAAGCCCUGUGACUCUCCAGGUGGCCCUGUCGUGGUGGCACACACCUGCCCUCUCUCCUCCUGCCACCUCUGGUCCUCGGGAAGCACUCAGAGCACUUGCCCCACCCACUCUGGGUACAGCCAUGCCCUGGCAGGAGCGUGCUCCACAGCCACCACUCAAGCAGCAGCCGCCACCCUCCCUCCAGGUCCCAGGGCAGGAGUCAGGAGUCCUGUGACCCAUCCACUUGAGCCUCCAACAUCUCAAAGCUCUCCAAGAAGGCCCUGGAAGCCCCCUCAGCAGGCCUGGGUUAGAAGAUGGCACACCACACACACAACCCUCCCCCAAGGGAAGGCCACAGGUCCUAGAAACAACAUACACAGUUCUCUCCAAAGAAACCCGCUCACAGGCUCCCUCAGCCCUCCGCUCUCUUGUACCCCUUUUUAUAUCCUUCACGUGAUUGCAGGCCUCAGUGUCCACAUUUCCCUUGUAAACCAUCUGCAUGUGAGAGACACAUGGUUUGGAAUCCUGAAACCCUUGGUAUUUGGUCCCUUGGUCAAAACUGGAGCAGGGACACUUCUGUGACACUUGCUUAAUCAUCUUUCCCCAAUUAGACCAGGGCUUUCAAAGGCAGGUCACAUCCCAGUGUACUGUGCCAUGACCAGCUUUUUAAAAAAUAAUAUUAGAAUUUAAAAUAGCAGUGUCUCCCAGGUGGUAAGGAUGAGUGUUGUUUUGUGAAACUAUUAUUUCAGAUAUAUAGAGACCCUGGGUAGUGAUGGAAAAUAUAUUUCUUACUGGAAAUUCCAGUGAAAAGAGUGAAAGCAACAUGAGGACAGGGUCUGUGUCUGUUUUACUCACCACUGCAGCCAGGACCCAGCUCAGAAGCUGGCAUAUGGCAGUAACUGAAUAACUGUUUGUGGGGUGCAUGAGGGGAGGAGGGAAGGAGGCUGUGACACCCACCAUGAGCUGUGAUGGAGUCAGGCCUCCACUCUUACCAGGUCCAGGACACCACCACUAGGUCUGGGCCAGUGGGGUGGCUUCCCCAUUGUUUUCAAAGCCAAGACUUGGAGCGUGGGGUUCUUGGGCCCCUUGUAUCGGGUCUUCCCUGAGGUGGGCAUUCACCUGGCCUGGGAUCUGGAGGGAGGCACAAGUGGGGCCUUGUGCUCGCCACAACGCUGCAACUGUCGCCAGGCCUCUCUGGGGUGAGGCUGGGGUCCAGGCAGCGGCCGGCUCUGUGAGGGACGGAUGCCGGCUCCUGUGUCAGAGGGAAGGCAUGCAGCCCAGGGAUCUCAACCCUUGGCAAGGAUAGAGAUGCUCCAGGACAGACGUCAGCUCUCACCCUGAGGCCAUGGCAUUGGCAGCUCCCCUGCGCCUGUGCCAGCAGCUCCUCCACCCUCAGCCCUGACAGCCACGAGACUCGGUGCCCAGAGGUUGGGAGGGGCAGGGGAGACAGCACAGGCACUCCCACAGGCAGUGACUGAACGGGCAGCAACCGCGAGCAAGGAGACACUGAAGGCAGCCGCUGAUGGGCUCAGGGAAGCCUCAGGACUGGUGUCUCCUGCCCCCUGGGCUGCUUCUCGGGGCAUUUAUGCUGGUGCAGCGCCUGCAGACCCCUCCCAGGAUUCUGAGCACACUGUAUUGUGUAGCCGGCCCAUGAGUCUGAGAGCUGGGCAAGGCCAGGCCAGGCCGGUCCAUUCACACCACGUUCUCCAGCCCCCACCUCCAUGCCUGGCACAGAUUAGGAGCCAGGGAAUUUUUGCUGAAGAGGCAACCAAUCAAUCAAGCAGUUCAGUCUGCUGAAUUCACCAGGAUCCUCUCCUCCAUUUGAAUCCUCCUGUCCUCUGAGGUCCCCUGCCCCUUUUCUCACCAGCGGUCCCACCUUCCAUUCCUCACUCUCCUGGAAGAAGGUCAGACACACGACCAUCUGAGAUUCUCACCUACGUGGAGAGACACUACAGAUUCACACAAGUGCACGCUCAAGGCACAGUAACCAGGGUCCAUGUCGGGGAGGGGGGUGGGACAUGACCACUGGGAGAUGCCUGAAAUCCCAGGAAUGAACCUUAGGCUUCCUGUCCAACCUCCCUUGGAUCAGGGGCCUCAGGACAUUCCUAGGGACAGGGGCAGUCAGACAGGCCAGAGGGGGUGGCUGAGGGACUUCAUUCAGAAAUAACAUUCAAAGGCUAGCAGCUGCCAAGCUCUGUCUGGGGGGAUUCCAGGGGGACCCUGGGUGCCCUGCCAGGGGCACCACUCUCUUGCGGGUGUCCCAAGUCAGCCUGAAUGGCAGGGGUGGAGGCUGGUCCAGCCUGAGCUCAGCACGUGUAAUGACCACCCUGACAAGCACCUCCUCGCAUGCCAGCUCACGGGGCUGGCAUCCCCGGGCAGCUGCCAGGCACCUGCUGCCGGAGAGAGAAACCCCAUCAUCUCAGCUUGUGGAGAGACAGGCCAGCUUGCGCUCCAGAAAGGCAUGCAAGUCAAAGCAGAGCCCCGCUGCCCGGAUGCGGGCUGACCGGCAGGUGGUACGUCCUGUCCUCCCGCCCUGCUCCGUGCCUGGCCUCUGUGGACACAGCCCUGGGGGAGCGGGUGCUGGGAUUUAAGGUGCGACUGGCCAGGGGGCUGAGCUUGCCUCCAGUAUUAGUCCUUGGAGCCCUGUCUCCUGGGGGACCAUCUCUCUGCCACUCACCCUCUCAGACUGCACCCCUUCUUCCUGGAAGGCCAGGCUGUUUCUGCGUGCAAGACUGUGGGAGAAGCUGCAAGAAGCAAGGCCGGCUGAACAGAGAUCAUUGGGCCUCCUGUAUCCUGUAUCAAUCCAUCACAUUUAUAGCCUUCUCUCCAGACAGGAGACAACGAGGAAAUGACAAAAGCCAAUAAGGCCAAUAAAAAUAAAGAGCAAUGGAACAGCCAGCAUGUGCAGUCUAUCUCCUGAGCCCCAGAGCCAGGAGCAGGGCUGAGCCCCUCCCUUCUAUCUCUGUCUUGACUUCGGCCACAGGCCCCUGCAGACGUUAAAACCGUCAACAGCCCCACAGCGGUGCCCAGCUGGAUUUCCAGCUGCUCAGUCCAAAAACCUUGGCAUCAUCCCUGCCUCCUCUCUCUCUCUCACCCCACAUCCAAUCCGGCAGGAAAUCCUGUUGGCUCUGCCUUCGAAAUAUAUCCCAAGUCCAACCACUUCUCAACACCUCCACUGCCACCAUGCUGGUCUGAGCCACCAUCAUCUCUUGCCUGGAUUCUUGCAAAGUCCUCCUAACUGCUGUCAACUCAGCAGCCAGUGGGGUCUAUUAAAAGGGAAGUUGGAGCAUGCCACUGCCCUGCUCAGAACCACCCCCCAAGUGGCCCCUUUUCACUUGGAGAACAGCCUGAGCCCUAUGCGGCCCCCACGAUCUGCCCUAGUCCCCAGUGCCUGUCUGAGCCGCUCCACAACCUCGUCUCUUACUCCACUUCAGCCACACUGGCUCCUUGCUGGUCCCUGCUCAGGCUGAGCACACCUCGCCCUAGGACUUCUGCAGCUGUUCCCUUGGCCUGCCACACUCUUCCCCUAGAGAGUGGCGUGGCUCCCCUCCUUCCUCUUUCAAGUCUUCUCAAAUGUCACCUUUGCAGUGAGGCAACCAUGACCAUCCAAUUUCCUACCCUCUUCAGCCCACUGUUUCUAUACUUAAAUCGGGUGCAGUGAGGUAUAAUUUACAUACAAUAAAAUUUACCCUUUUUAAAUGCAUGGUUUGAUGAGUUUUGACAACUGUAUAAGCAAUAUAACCACCACCAAAAUCAAGAUAGCAAACAUUUCCAUCACACGCCACGAAGUUCCCUCGUGCUCCUUUGUAGUCAACGUCUUCCUCGACCCUAGCUCCUGGCAACCAGUGGGCUGUUUUCCAUUCCUAUACAUUUGCUUUUUCUGGAGAGAUUAUAUAAAUGGAAUAAUUAUAUAAAUGAACUGCAGCCUUUUGUGUUUGGCUGCUGUCACUCAGCAUAAUGCAUUUGAGACUCAUCCAUGCUGCUCCAUGUGUUGGCUUGUCCCUUGUCAUUGCUGAGUGAUACUCCAUUAUAUGGAUGUACCAUGUUUGUUUUCCAUUCAAUAGUGGAUGGACAUUUGGGUUGUGUACAGUUUUUUGCUAUCAUGAAUAAAGCCACCAUGAACAUUUGUGUUCAGGUGUUUGUGUCGAUAUAUGUUUUUAUCUCUUGGGUAAAUACCCAGGAAUUGAAUUUCAGAAUUAUAUGAUUAGUGUAGGUUUAACUUUUUUUUUUUUUGAGGAUGAUUAGCCCUGAGCUAACA